AUGAUUGCAGUUGCACGCAGGAAUCUCUCCUGUUUAUUUGUAAACCCUAAUUCAUUUCUCUGCAACUCCAAUGCUCAUCUCUUCCCGUCAAUCCAUUUCUUCUCCACUUGGAGGGUGAAAAACCUAAUCCCUAACCCUAAAAUCUACGAUCUAUUGGUCAACAAACACCAAUUUCCUCCUGAUUUAGCUUCACUAGCUUCAUCGUGUUUACCUAAAGCUAGUAGCCCCAUAGGAGCUGAUUCAGUAGUGUCAUUCCUCAAAGAGAAUAGCUUUACGGCUACUCAGCUGCAGAAAGUCGUCACAUAUGAUUCUCGAAUUCUAGGGUUUACCAUUGAGAGCAUUAAUUUCAAAUUCAAGGUAUUCCAAAAUUUGGGCCUUUCCCCCAAGGAGAUUGCCAAGAUAAUAUUCGAAAAUACGACUAUUUUACAUUCAAGUUAUGAGAAUAGGAUCAUUCCGAAAUUAUCGAUGCUAAAGUGCUUGCUGGGAUCCGAUCAUGAUGUGGCCAGACUUUUGAUACGAUGCAGCUGGUUUCUGUUAGCCGAUUUGGAGAAAACCUUAAUGCCAAAUAUUGAAAUCUUGAAGAGCUAUAGCAUACCAAUGGAGCGUAUCCUUUAUUUUCUCCAUCUUCGCCCGAGAUGUUUCGUGGUCAAGCCGGAUAUUAUGCAGAAAUCUGUAGUCAGGGCUAUAGAAUUUGGGGUCCCUUGGACUUCAGGCGUUUUUAUCCAAGCUGUGAGUCUUUUCACUCAUACGAGUAAAGGGAUGUGGGAAGUCAAGGUGCAAAAGAUCCGCGAUUUGGGAUUUUCUGAUGAUGAUAUGCUCACAAUAUUUAGAAAGCAACCAUCAGUUUUUGCACAAUCUGGGAAGAAAAUGAAGAAUGUCACAGAGAUUCUGCUUGCUACCGGUAAGUACGAUCUAUCCAGCAUUGUCACUUGUCCAGCAGCACUCGGGUACAGUAUGAAGAAGAGGAUUGAGCCGCGAUUGCAAAUACUUAGACUCUUGGAAAGUAGGAGUCGGAUUGAAAAGUGGCCAAAACUUUCAGCCGUUGCUACAUUAACAGAGGGUAGAUUUUUUGACAGAUUCGUUAAGCCUUAUUGUGAUGAGAUUGGCGAAGAACACAUCACAAAGAUAUAUGUGGAAGGCAGAAAAAGAUGA